AUCUGUGCAGGAACAGAAACGAAACGGUAGUCCGCUGAAAAUAUUCCGAUAAUUCGGCGUAUAUCAUCUUAUUUAGACCGCUCGACGUUAUCCGAAGAGAGGCGACCUUCAUAAAAUACUUUACAGGUGCAAAUAUGAGAAUCGCCCUUGCAGUCUUUUCCGUAUUUGCAGUAGCGAUCACCGCAGACGCGACUGUGUACUUCAAAGAGCAAUUUUUGGAUGGAGAUGGAUGGAAAAGUCGAUGGGUGGAGUCCAAACACAAAUCAGACUAUGGACAGUGGAUGCUUUCUUCAGGAAAGUUCUAUGGAGAUGCUGAACUUGACAAAGGUCUUCAGACUAGCCAGGAUGCCCGCUUUUACGCCCUGUCCAGUCGGUUUGAGCCUUUCAGUAAUGACGGUAAGACACUAGUGGUCCAGUUCACAGUGAAACAUGAGCAGAAGAUAGACUGCGGGGGUGGCUACGCGAAGAUCUUUGCUGCUGACCUGGACCAGUCGGCCAUGCACGGCGACUCCAAAUACCACAUCAUGUUUGGCCCUGAUAUCUGUGGCUACAGCACCAAGAAAGUUCAUGUCAUCUUCAACUACAAAGGCCAGAACCACCUCAUCAAAAAAGACAUCCGUUGCAAGGAUGAUGAGCAUACACACUUGUACACAUUGAUCCUCCGGCCCGACCAGACGUAUGAAGUUAAAAUUGACAAUGAGAAAGUGGAGUCUGGCUCUCUGGAGGAAGACUGGGAUUUCCUUCCUCCCAAAAAGAUCAAGGACCCAGAGGCCAAAAAGCCAGAGAACUGGGACGAUAAUGCUACAAUUGAUGAUCCAGAGGACACAAAGCCUGAGGACUGGGACAAACCAGAGAAUAUUCCUGACCCCGAUGCCAAGAAGCCCGAAGACUGGGAUGAAGAAAUGGACGGAGAGUGGGAACCCCCGAUGAUUCCUAACCCAGAGUACAAGGGUGAAUGGAAACCCAAACAAAUUGACAAUCCAAACUAUAAAGGAAAGUGGGUGCAUCCGGAGAUUGAUAACCCAGAAUACACUGCAGAUGUCUCAAUUUACAAAUAUGACAAUAUUGGUGUCAUUGGUUUGGAUUUGUGGCAGGUGAAAUCUGGUACCAUUUUUGAUAACUUCCUGAUCACUGAUGACAUCAAAGAAGCAGAAGAUUUUGGUAAAGAUACAUGGGGAGUCACUAAGGGCCCUGAGAAGAAAAUGAAGGAGAAGCAGGAAGAAGAAGAGAGGAAACAGAGAGAAGAGGAGGAAAAAAGCAAGAAGGACGACGACCACGAGGAAGAGGACGACAACGACGACCACGAGGAGGAACCGGAGGAGGAAGAUGAGGAGGAUGAAACUGAAGAGGAGCCCAGCCCAGCUGAGGACGAGGAUGAAGAUGGAAAGAGUGCAAAAGAUGAAUUGUAGGUGACAUCAUAGCACCCCACUCAGUCCUCUGUCUUAGGAAAACCUACGGAUCCUCAGCCACCAAGCAAAUCUCCUUCUGUGUGGGGGUCUUACUACAGGACUGGGACAGUAGAGCAAGGGUGUGUUGUGUUUUCAUUUUUGUGUGUGCUGUGUGCGUUUUUUGUUUUUUUUUACCCCCCUCCCCCCUUUUAAUUAUU